CCAUGUUAUUUACAUAAUUGUUACUUAUCAGUUUUAGUGACCAAGAGUUAUCAAAACAAAAGGCAGCUAGUGCUAAAAAUGUUGCGACAAUCUCCAAAAUUAACUGUGCUCGUGCGAUGUAAGCAUGACAGCGCUAGUCUGACGAAAAUUCGAGAGCGCCUGGCCACGGGACCAAAUUUCCAGGACUUUGUGCAGAAUCCCACGCACAGCCGGAGUGAGUGGGAGGAAUACGAGGGAAAGCUGAGGCGGGAGAAGAAUGAGACUGAGCGCUUGAGGUUGCCUCCAUGGCUAAAAACAACAAUUCCAAUUGGGAAGAACUUCAGCAAGAUCAAAGAGCAGCUCAGGGAACUUAAUCUGGCCACAGUGUGCGAAGAAGCCCGGUGUCCAAAUAUCGGGGAAUGUUGGGGAGGUGGAGAACAUGGGACUCAAACAGCCACAAUAAUGCUAAUGGGAGAUACCUGUACACGUGGCUGUAGAUUCUGUUCGGUCAAAACAGCCCGGAAUCCUCCUCCAUUGGACACUGAGGAGCCUAAAAAGACAGCCAAAGCCAUUGCCAGUUGGGGACUGGACUACAUUGUUCUGACAUCUGUGGACAGGGACGAUCUGGCAGAUGGAGGAGCAAAUCACAUUGCUGAAACUGUCCGGGAGAUUAAAAAACGCAAUCCUAACAUCUUCGUGGAGUGUCUUGUGCCGGACUUCCGCGGGAAUAGGGACUCCGUGGUAGCAGUGGCAGAGUCUGGCUUGGAUGUCUAUGCCCACAAUAUUGAGACAGUUGAGGAUCUGACACCAUUCGUGAGGGAUAGACGAGCAAACUACCGUCAAACUCUGAAAGUCCUCAAAGAAGCUAAAGACAUCAAUCCGAAUCUCGUCACAAAAUCCUCAAUUAUGCUGGGCCUUGGGGAGACAGAUGAACAAAUUGAGCAGACAAUGAGGGAUUUACGGGAUGCAGGAGUUGACUGUCUCACUCUUGGCCAGUACAUGCAACCCACAAAGAGGCACCUCAAAGUCAAUGAGUACGUGACACCGGCGAAGUUUAAACAGUGGGAAGAGAAGGGCAAUGAACUAGGAUUCCUUUAUACCGCCAGUGGUCCCCUUGUGAGGAGCUCCUACAAAGCCGGCGAAUUCUUCAUUACCAGCAUCCUCAAGAGUCGUCGUGAGAAGAAAUCCAAUAGCCAUUCAGAAGCUUCUUAGUCCAAUUUAAAGAAUUUUACUAGGAAAAUCUCGUGAAAUUUCAAGUUUGCGUGCAUGAAAAUUAAUAAAAUUAAUAAAAAAAUUGUUAUGUUUGUUCAGCAAAAAA